AUGCGUCUGAUUUGUCUAGACGAAUUGAUGUUCACGGCUAAACAUCCUAACGUGAAAACACCAAUUACAGAUGUUCAUCUAUUACCACGCUUUCCAACAAAGAUUCUUUCGGAAUACCGUAAAAGCCGUAUAGCUGAAGGCGUCGUCUCGCAUUUGGACUACUCCAAUUACAAGAAUGGCAAGUCUGAUGGUAAGUCCGACAAAGAGGAAAUCAUCAGAUCUUCGAAUGGGAAUUCCAAUGCUCAUUAUAAAGAUGGACUAGAAGAUUACUCAAGUCGUCGUUCUUUUGAUUCGAAAAUAUUGGUCUUUCUUUUGUGUAGCUUUUAA